ACUUUCUCUACGGUCAGUGCGGCAGACAGAGAUAGAGGGAUAGAGGAAGGGAGUGAGUGAAUGAGAAAGACGGGCACACAGGGAGUGAAACAGACAGAGCGAGAGUAGCGGCUCUUACAUCUAGACGCGUGUAGAUAUUUUACUCCCGGAGAUUCAAAAUAAAACAAACAAGAACACAACAGAUCGCGCUUGUGACAGGACAGGCACCCGACCGAAAUAUUUGAAUGACUUUUCUGCCUAGCUGAAUUAUUAUUCCGAGGAAUAGUGUCAUAUGAGGAGAUUUCUUAACCUCGGAACGGCUGGCGUUUUUCAGCGCACGAGACACUGAAGAACAAGGACUACAAUGCUAAGGAUUUUGGAUACCGUGGUCACUGUCGUGACCAUUUCCUUUGUGGUAGAGGGGGUGCUCGGUGGCUAUGGGGCGAGCAUGUUCGCCGCGCAAACAUCCCCCCCGGACCCUUGCUACGACGAGAACGGUAACCCGAGGAGAUGCAUCCCCGAUUUUGUGAACUCUGCUUUCGGAAAGGAAGUCCGCACUUCCAGCACCUGUGGUAAAACCCCGGGUAGGUACUGUUUGGUAACAGAGAAGGGCGAUGAGAGAAAUAGGAACUGCCAUACUUGCGAUGCCUCGGACCCCAAAAAGUAUCACCCACCGACAUAUCUAACGGAUCUCAACAACCCCCAUAAUCUCACAUGUUGGCAAUCGGAAAAUUACAUCCAAUACCCCCAAAACGUCACCAUAACACUGUCACUGGGCAAGAAAUUCGAAGUCACCUACGUAAGCCUGCAGUUCUGCUCACCUCGACCCGAAUCUAUGGCUAUCUUCAAGUCUAUGGACUACGGCAAAUCUUGGGUACCUUUCCAAUACUAUUCGGCCCAGUGCAGGAAAAUGUACACCAAACCGAGCAAGGCCACCAUUACCAAACAGAACGAACAAGAGGCGAUAUGCACGGACUCCCACACGGACAUGCACCCUCUAUCCGGCGGUCUCAUUGCCUUCAGCACUCUGGACGGCAGACCGUCGGCGCACGACUUCGACAACUCGCCGGUGCUCCAGGACUGGGUCACCGCCACGGAUAUCAAGGUGACGUUCAGCCGAUUGCACACUUUCGGUGAUGAGAACGAGGAUGACUCGGAGCUAGCCCGGGACUCUUAUUUCUAUGCGGUGUCCGAUCUGCAAGUUGGCGGUCGAUGCAAAUGCAAUGGCCACGCUUCGCGGUGCGUAAAAGACAGGGAUGGAAACCUUGUUUGUGAGUGCAAACAUAAUACCGCGGGACCGGAGUGCGACAGGUGCAAGCCUUUCCAUUAUGAUCGGCCGUGGCAACGCGCAACAGCUAGAGAAGCCAACGAAUGUGUCGCCUGUAACUGUAACCUGCAUGCCAGGCGAUGCCGUUUCAACAUGGAGCUGUACAAGUUGUCUGGGAGGAAGAGCGGAGGAGUCUGUCUCAACUGUCGCCACAACACGGCCGGACGCCACUGUCACUACUGCAAGGAGGGUUACUACAGAGACCUGUCCAAAACCAUCUCUCACAGGAAAGCCUGCAAAGCAUGUGAUUGCCAUCCCGUGGGUGCUGCUGGCAAAACCUGUAACCAAACCACAGGUCAAUGUCCCUGUAAAGACGGCGUGACUGGUAUCACGUGCAACCGCUGCGCUAAAGGCUACCAGCAGAGCCGCUCGCCCAUUGCCCCCUGCAUAAAGAUUCCCGUUGUUCCCCCGACAACCACAGCCAGCAGUACAGAGAAGCCAGCAGACUGCGACUCCUAUUGCAAGGCGUCGAAAGGCAAACUGAAGAUCAACAUGAAGAAAUACUGCAAGAAAGAUUACGCUGUCCAGGUGCACAUUCUGAAGGCGGACAAGGCGGGCGAGUGGUGGAAGUUCACCGUCAACAUCAUCUCUGUCUACAAGCAGGGCGAGAGCCGCAUCCGCCGUGGCGACCAGUUCCUGUGGGUCAGGGCCAAGGAUGUGGCGUGCAAGUGUCCAAAGAUCAAGACCGGGAAGAAGUACCUGCUCCUGGGUAACAAUGAGGAUUCUCCAGGGCAGUCUGGAGUGGUGGCCGAUAAGGGCUCCCUGGUCAUCCAGUGGAGAGACACAUGGGCCCGUCGGCUGAGGAAGUUCCAGCAACGUGAGAAGAAAGGCAAGUGCAAGAAGGCAUAGGCGGAAAGGACGGCCGACGCCUGGAGCGAGGGAAUGGAACGCGGGACAGGAGAACGGACGAGUGGGUGUUGAAAAAGGACGAGAGGAGAGCGAGGGAGACUGAGGAAGGAGAGAAAGGGACUGUGCGUUGUCGCUACUUUUUCGAGUAGAAGCAUGAAGAGAAUAUUAUUGAGCAGAUUUUUUUUCUAGUGGACUUUUGUGAAGGAGCUCACGCUGCAGGUGUCAUUGCUUCGUUGUUUUUUCCUUUGAGAUUUGUCUCUGUGGAUUUGCCAAGUUUGCACCUAUUACCAGUAUAUAUAAAGUUAUUUGUGUUUUCAUUUUUUUUCGUAUUAAUAUUUCAUAGCCCUAUUUUAUGAGUAUUAUGUGCUGGUGCGAAGACACCACCAAUCAAGCCACUGCAUUAUCACAAGCUCUGUUUUCUGUCGUUUUUAGGGUUAGCUAAUAAUAUCACUGACAAACCAGCCUGCAUCGUCAAACGUCCUCACUUCAACUUUUUUGUUGUUGAAAUUGUUUAUCCUAUUGGCAGUGCAGCAAAAAGUGCCAUAAAAUAACAUUGGUUCUUCGGCGCCUUGGAAAUGCACGUUUCAUGUAUUAUCAAAUAGGUUGCCUUUCGCUUCACCCGGUCGUAUGUAACCUAAAACGCACAGUGACUAGCUACGUUUUUUAUUAUAUCACGGGUGUGACAUAUUGGACAUUUGAUUGAAUGUUGGCCCCUAGAUGAAGACAGUGAAAUGGCAAGAAAGAAAAUUCAUGUCCAUUCUUAAAGGUGUACAAUAUAUUUGACUCCAGCAUUGUUAACUACGCUUAAUUAAGGAUAUUAUUUUAAAUCUACACAUUUUUCUUUGUCCGGUUUCAGUAUUCAGAAAUGAAUGCAUGUUCACUGUGAAUUGUGGUGAAGAACACACUCUUGUACAGUUUCAAACUGCAUGUCAACCUGUCUCCAGAAAGGAUGGUUCUUAUGUCAAAUACAUGGCGUCCAUAUUAGGACAGCGUCAGAUGAGUUGAUGUCCUAAUAUGGACACUGUAUCCUUACUCUCUUUUUGACUGGUGCUGCUGCCUAAUUUCAUGGUUAGUGUUUUUAAUAAUAAUUUUGCAGGAUUCCCAAGAAGACAAAAUGUCUGGGAUUUCAAAGACUCCUGCUAUUAGAACAAUAACAACCAGAUUUCAAUUUAGGAUCACUUGCUUUAAUAUUUUAUUAACGUUUGGUUCAAUUAUACUGAACAAACAUAAGUGCAACAUGCAAAAAUGAACGAUUUUACUGAGUUACAAUUCAAUAUAAGGAAAUGAGUCAAUUGAAAUAAAUGAUUUAGACCCUAAUCUAUGGAUUUCACAUGACUGGGCAGUGGCCCACCAACUGGGGAGCCAGGCCGUGCCAAUCAGAAUGACUUUUCCCUCACAAAAGUGCUUUAUUACAGACAGACUCCUCAGUUUCAUCAGCUGUACGUACGGGUGGCUGAUCUCAGACGAUCCCGCAUGUGAAAAAGCUGGAUGUGGCAGAGAGAUAUGGUAGAGAAAUGAACAUUAAAUUCUCUGGCAACAGCUCUGGUGGACAUUCCUGCAGUCAGCAUGCCAAUUGCAUGCUCCCUCAAAACUUGAGACAUCUGUGGCAUUGUGUUGUGUGACAAAACUGCACAUUUUAGAGUGGCCUUUUAUUGUUGCCAGCACGAGGUGCACCUGUGUAAUGAUCAUGCUGUUUAAUCAGCUUCUUGAUAUGCCACACCGGUCAGGUGGAUGGAUUAUCUUGGCAAAGAAGAAAUGCUCACUAACAAGGAGGUAAACGAAUGUGUGCACAAAACUGGAGAGAAAUAAGCUUUUUGUGCGUAUAGAACAUUUCUGGAAUCUUUUAUUUCAGCUCAUAAAACACUUUACAUGUUGCGUUUAUAUUUGUGUUCAGUAUAUAUUUAAUGAUCAAGUGAUUUAGGAGCCAGUCCUUCUAAGAGACAGAAAGCAGUGUGGUUCUUCCCCAUGUUGCCCAGAUUUAGAAUAUAGAUGUUUUUUAAUUUUGAAGGUGUACAUUUCUGAAAUAUGAAUUGACAUUACUAUUAUUAUACAGUACACAUGCUUUAUACAAAAGGAAGCAUUUGCAAUGAUGUGAAUAAAAAAAAAACCUUAUCAUACCUAAGGUUUCAAAUAGACUAGCUACAACACAAAUCUGAUUGUUUUCAGAGAACGUUAACCAGGCAGUGAGAUAUUGGUACAUAUUGAAUUGAAAGUGUUACAUAUUUAUAUGACCUCUCCCUAGGAACAAUAUUUCCUAAUACUGUAGGCUAUUCACCAAUUGGCACAGAAUCUUUCUGUGUAGUAUUAAAUAUCACCCUAUUUUGGAUGCAAUUAUUAUUAUUUUUAAUCACAAUGUGUAAAGCAUUUGUAAUUGAAACAAGCCUCUUCCCCAAGGUACUAAACAAAGGCCUUGGCAGCCAACAAUUAAACAUCUGAAUAGGUAGUAUUUUUAUGUGAAAACUCUCAAUAAUAUAACUAUUAUUAACUUCCAAUUUAUUGAUUGUAGAUUUUAGCAAAGAGAAUGGACAGAGUGCACCCCUAAGAACAGCAUGUAUUUUCUUGGUUGUAUUGAGGCAACAGAAAUGGAAGAGUGCAGUUUACCUCCUUGACUGACAGUGAACUGUUCCAAACAUUAUUACACAAGCAUUAUUAGUCAGCUCUCUAAACUCUUGCUUCACCCCCCACCACUUAACUGUCCAUAGACCUCACCCUUGUGCAUAAGAUAUACAUGUUACAUGCUGACUGUCACUCUAGAGUUCUUGAAAAUUCUGUCUUGAGUGUGGUACGGCAUCCAUAUUAGCAAGUUGUCCGAUUUCAGGCAAAACUGUCAGUGGUCUUCCUAACAUGGAAUUCCUAAUAUGGAUGCCGUAGCGGCAGCUAUUCAACAGCUGCAGACAUUAUUCAAUGUCUCUUACAAGGCUGUCAAAUGAAUUAAGUUCAGGGCGAAACGAGGACUAAGAGGAAAAAUCAUGUAAUUCAAUCACCCCAAAUGAAUUAAAACCACAUAUUUCUCUUAUUUCAAACCAAUUAGAUGUACAUUGAGGGUCUGAUUGCCAGCAUCUGUGUUCCGUACCGUUUUUCUCUGUGUACAUAUCAGUCAUACAUACACAUGCUUUGUGCUGGUGUAUUGAAAUAUACAGAUGACAUAUUACACGUAUUUAUACAUACAUUUUUCAUGUUACUUCCUUUUAUCGUUAUAUCCAUACUCGUGACAUUAAAUGUAAAUGUAUUUCUGUUUGGCACAUAAUAUAUAAUCAAACCUCAAUCGUUCCCCCCCCCCCCCCCCCCCCAUUUAUGUCUCUGUAUCCCCAUGAUGUAAAUACAUUUUAGAUCAGUUUUCCAGGCAAUGGAUUGACAAUGACCUCCUCUUUGAUGAAAUAUGACUUCCGCAGACCUGUCAAAACGUUGCUUUUGUUCAUACUUUUUAAAUUGUAAAUGUUGUUUAGCUGUGUUGGCCAUUGCGAAACCUUUUUUUUGCGAUGUUUGUUUUACGAUGUGUACUAAUAUAUGGUUAUUAUAUAUGGAUAUAUUUAAUGACACGAGACAUUGUGGGUUUUAUUCUGUCUUUUUUCCUUUUAAUUUUAUGUUGAUGUUUUACUUGUUUGUUGUUGUUGUUUAGAUGGUUGUGAUUUUAAGAAGGAAACAAUAACUACUGAACACCAAGCUGGUAGAACUAAAUCCAGAAUUCAGUCAAAAUAAACUCUGUUAAGUCGC